CGUUGACUGAGCAGGAGAAAGUCCUCGUUGCCAACCGCGAGAAGGAUAAAGGCAACGAGGCCUUCAAGACCAACGACUAUGAGGAAGCUGUGGUGUAUUAUACAAGGAGUCUGUCAGUGGUACCAACCGUAGCCGGCUACAACAACAGAGCCCAGUCAGAGAUCAAACUGCAACACUGGCACAAUGCCCUCAACGACUGUCAGAAGGUACUGGAGAUGGAGCCAGACAAUAUGAAAGCUCUCCUCCGCAGGGCCACAGUGCUGAAACAACAGGGGAACUAUCAGAGGGCUGCUGAAGACCUGAGGAACGUCCUGCAGACCGAACCACAGAACAUCACUGCUACUAAACUUCUGGUUGAGGUGGAUAAGAAACUAAUCCAGUGUCGACCGGAGACGGAACGUAAAAGCAAGAAGAUCCUGAUUCAGGAAGUGGAGGAGGAUGAGAUACGGGAAGAGCAGAGAGGUGAGUGACUGAUCCCUUCACCUACUUAGUGAGAUUGAACCAUUAUACCUCUCCGUUAGAAGUGACUGACCUCCAGCCCGGUCCUGGAGAUUACAUUUACAUUUAAGUCAUUUAGCAGACGCUCUUAUCCAGAGCAACUUACAAAUUGGUGCAUUCACCUUAUGACAUCCAGUGGAACAGUCACUUUACA